AAGUUGAAAAACGCUCGACAACCACCCCUCCCUAAAUGUAUUUUGUCAAUAGUGCUUCCACUUUAGUUUUUCAAAUUCAGAUUCAAUGAGAAUUGCUUGUCAACAAUGUCAAACACUGAUAUUUUGUGUCAAUUUCAGCUGGAUUUUACACCUAAUAUUUAUUUAUUUAACGGCUGUAAAGUUUCCAAUGGUUUUCACAGCGUCUAUUGAAGUUUUUGGUCGAGUUUCUAUCAAAGGAAAGUGCAGAUUUUGAGUUAUAUUUCAAGAAGCAUAGUUCACUUAGCAACAACGUGGUGUUCAAAUGGGAUACAAUCAGGACUGUAUUUAAAUCAUAGUUACAACUUUACAACAAUUUGGUUUGCGGAGGGAAAGUGCAGUAGAGAACUUCACUAUGUCUGCACAAAGUCGUUCAACAGUUCGAUACCUGUCUGAUUUUGACAAAACUGUCAUUAUGAACAAUUUCGAGAAGCGAGGUUGGGUGUCAUGUGACCUCGAAGAUGACUGGAAUUUCUACUGGGCCAGUGUUCACACGGUCAGAAGUAUUUUCAAUGUUGAAACUGGUUUUCGGCUAAACGAUGACCAGAUUUUGAAUCACUUCCCGAAUCAUUAUGAACUCACCCGCAAAGAUCUGAUGGUGAAGAAUAUAAAGAGAUAUCGCAAAGCUUUGGAAAGAGAAGGAAAUUUGAUAGGUGUGGUAUUAGUUUAUUGUAUCAGGAGUUUAUUUUUAAUAUUCAUAUCUCCACUGUCUGUAAGGGUGGUGCAAGGGCAGACACCCCUUGAAUAUUGCAGCUGGAGGGACCCUCCAAGGCUCCAAUUAUUGGGAGGGAACCCUUCCCAGUUGCCUUAGACACUAAUCAAAUGCAUCAAUAUUUCCCAUGAUUUGCUAAUUUGUGACCUAUUCAGUCAAUGAUGCUUUUACUAUUAUCUUGGUUUAACAUGUCUGUCAACCCAGAGUAACCUUGAACAUGUUUAUUACAUGUGGAUGUAAUAUAUAUGUUGGUCUUGAAAAAAAAUGUCUAGAAUACUCUAGAUUUUACAUGUGGAAAGUUCACAUGUCAAAAUUUCAGCAGCUUUUCUAAGAUCAAUAGAAAGGCUACGUCAAGAAAACAAACCAAACAUCAAGAUAUUUUUAAAUAAAUAAAUAGGCCAAUAAAUAAAACAAUUAAAUUGAAAUGACAGUUAUUUGUCAUGUAUUUGCACCUAAUAUGUGUUGCAGAUUGAAAGUUUUGCAAGGUAAAUACAAAGUUGAGUAUCACUAUUCAAAUAUAUGAGCUACCCAUUCUUAUGAAAGGUUGGAAUUUUCAAUCCUCAAUUUUGGCUGCACAGUUGCUUUUCAUGUUAUCGAUGUUGUUUUGUUUGAGUUGAAGGUGCUUCUUUCUGAUUGCAUGGAUAUUAUCAGCAUAGGUUUCUUACUGUUUUCUCACCAUGAAUCUAGUAAAGACAGAAUUGUCAAUUGUCUACUAAUCACUUGUUGGCAUCUUUCUUCUAUGCCAUUGCAUUAAUUUUUCAACUGCUUUCUGAAGAUCCUUGUUGUGUUUUUUUUAAAUAUAUAUAUUAAAGAUAAAGACCAAUUACUAUAUUCUCGUAAGACGGUAUUCUCCUUCAGAUCUAUUGUUUUUAGACAAGGUGCGAUGUCUUGUGACGUAGUACUGUAUAUGGUGUAGUAUAUACACUACAAAUUUCAUGGAAACCUUCCUGGGGGUCUUUCCUGCUCUUUUCCUCAAGUUAUCAGUGCACCAGCUAUAUAAUGUUAGGUAAUUUCUUUGCAGCGGAAAAAGACGAAUGUGGUCGUCAUAUCUACCUGGACUUCAUUCCAGUCACUUUCCUACUUCCGGCAGACUAUAAUCUCUUUGUUGAAGAAUUCCGUAAAAAUCCCGCGAGCACGUGGAUCAUGAAACCAGCUGCUAGAUCACAAGGCUCUGGGAUAUUCUUGAUCAACCGGCUAUCCCAAGUGAAACGAUGGUCCCGCGACGGUCGUUCGGGCGUACCCACGUACUCCAUGUCUAGAGAUACCUACGUCAUAUCGAGGUAUAUCGAUAACCCUCUUCUGAUCGGUGGGAAAAAGUUCGAUCUUCGAAUUUAUGUUUUGGUCACCUCGUAUCGCCCCCUAAAGUGUUAUCUUUAUAAACUUGGAUUUUGUCGGUUCUGUACAGUGAAGUACAACGCUAAUGUUAGUGAACUUGAUAAUAUGUUUGUCCACCUUACUAAUGUUAGCAUUCAGAAACACGGAGAUGAAUAUAACCCGACUCAUGGUGGAAAGUGGACGGUUGAGAACUUACGACGGUACCUGGAGGGAACUCGAGGCCAUGAGAAAGCAGGGAAACUUUUUGAUGAUAUGCAUUGGUUGAUAGUUCAUUCACUGAAGUCUGUUCAACAUGUAAUGAACAGUGAUCGACAUUGUUUUGAAUGCUAUGGUUAUGAUGUGAUUAUUGAUGAUAAUCUGAAGCCUUGGCUGAUUGAGGUAAGACUUUAAAUUUAUAGGGGAUCGAAAUUUGAGCUGUUGAAAAUUUUGCGUGAGUGAAAAAAUAGUCCAGUUAGAGGGAACACAAUAAGUUUUGUGGGACGUGGGGAAAAGUUUAUUUCAGUUGUGGGAAACAGUAUGCAUUGCGAAGCGAGAAGUAUGGCGGAUUCUGGAAGUUACGGGACGCGGGAUGGGAAAGUCUAUGGAUUAAUGCGGAAUAAGUAGAUUUGAGUAAUGGAUUUGGAAUAAAGAACCCUAUUAUGCACCGUCCACUUAUACAUAGCCAGUUAUACCAUUACCACAAUGAGCAAAACUUAUUCCGAGUAUAAAGUAAUCAUUUUUUGUUUUAACGACAAAGUGACCUGUUCCACUAGGUAGCCACACUCAAAAAAUAUUUUAAAACCACAGGUCAAUGCUUCACCGUCAAUGACAGCAACGACAACUUCAGAUCGGGUUAUGAAGUACAACCUGAUAAAUGACGUCAUCAAUAUUGUCAUGCCAACAGGCGAUGUCCCAGAUAUACGAUGGAAUAAAGUGCCACCAAGUGACGCCUAUGGCAACUUUGAGUUACUGUAUGAUGAGGAGUUAGCCGCUCAAGAGACUGGGGAUGGCCGCGAUCUGAAGUCUAAGGGAUCUGGUACCAAUAUUGGAAAACAGGGAAAGGACACUAAACAGAGGCCAACAACUUGGAGAUAAAUAGCAAGUGCUUGACACACAAAUAUACAUAAAGGAGAGAUUUUACAUUUUAAAGCAUCGCAGAUUUUUUUUAAUCAAUACAAGAAAACCCUGUUCAAAAAAUGUCUUUGAACCUGCCUACUCUUAUAGAGAGGAUGCCAAAUUUAAAGUCCGGUCUUUCUAUUGUUUAUGUCACUUAUGACGUUAAGGUUGCAUAUGUUAAAAUAUCAUUAUGUUCAACAAGUAAGUUUAUAAUGAUGACUUUGUCUAAAUAUUGUGGCUGAUUGUUUUGUUUUAUUCUCAUACAGUAUUUAUUAUAUGAAGGGGUUGUUAUUGGUUUUUGUUUUUUCCAUAUAAAACUGAACAGUCUUUGUGUUUGAGAGCUACUUGUUUUUUUCUUCCUCUCUGUGAGGUCCUCUUAGCAACCUCCUAUUUAGACGACUGUUGAUUUGUCUAAAUCUUUUAUAUUUACCAACAGCUUAUAUCUACUUAAUAACUUCUUCUCUUAGUUUAUCUUUUCUUAAAACUAGCACAGAAUCCGGAUGUCUCCUAGGACAACCGUCAAGACAUGUCUAUAAACCUCGAUGUCUGUGUUUGCGUCUUGACGGCAGAAUAUGACUUUCAUUAAAAGUAUAACUAUUUUAUUGAGCGUUUUUAAAAAGUGUGAGCAAAGCUAUGGCUGAAUCUCUUACAAAGAAGACAUCGCCAAUUAAGAAAGUAAGAUUCAAUGAAAAGGUACAAGUCUUCAUAAUUCAAACUGAAAACAGAAGAUCCACAACUCUUCGCAAUUUGCCUAGCGAUUGGAUUCGAUUUGCUCAUGCAAAGCCUCUUUCUGAAAAAUUGAAAGAACCGUUAAACCGAAGCAGUUUGGGUUUUGGAACUGGGCAUCUUACACCAAGGCAGUACCGCACUUCAGAAGAUUUGAUCAAUUUCUACUUACAAAGAAGGGCGAAGCAACCUUUUACUUAUUGGGAUGUUAUGAAAGCUAAUCCUUCAUUGGCACUUACACCAACUUUACAAAUUGCCAGAGACGAGUUGACCACGCCAGCCAAGAGAGGAUCGUUUCCAACUACCCCUUUUCCACAUCAGAGACGGUUUUCUACUCUUAGUCAGCCAACAACUACAUCCCCUUUUCAAAGGAGGACUUUGGACAAAAAUGGUCAAUUUUCGGAAAUUUUGGCGAUUUAUGGUAAUAAUCCUAGUCUAAGGACGAACAAACAGGCAGAACUUCUUAUUGGUAACUGUAAAGACACUCACUUUGGUGAGGUAAAGGGUACAAUCCACGAAAAACCGAGUCAUGAGAGAAAGACAACAAUUUCAACAGAGAUUUUUCCGUACUUUAAGCGACCUCAGGGAUCAACGCAGCGUCCACUUAAAUCUACCAGCUAUUUUUUGUACAAAUAAAUUGAAAAUAACGUUUAUAUAUGAUAUCAGACUUGCGCUUCACCAUUUACCAAUUAUAAAACUGUGCUCUAGUUUGUACACUUGUGGGCUUGGCGGACCAUACGAAUGAUACGAUUAACAAAUAACUCCUCGAUGGAGCACCCGUGCGUAUGAUUUGAAAAACAAUGUCAGUGAACUGUCCCACGGGAAAACUAUACAUAUUAAACAAUUAGUUUUCAAACAGCAUGAUACUUAAAGUGCAUGUAAAUUUGAAGCAUAUGCCGAAUACAAAUAAUAUACACUUGGCACGAGAAAAGAUUCUCUUCGUUUACGUUAGGCUAGUUUUUGAAAAAGUGGAAGUUUCUAUCAUAUUUGUGACUGAAGUCAAAAGUUGGUAGAAUUCCAUUGCUCUUAUUAAGAGUAUAAAUACGUAGGAAAACACAAGAACCAUACAAUUAUAUGAUAUUGGUACUAAUGAGUUAACAACACUUCUUUAUAAUGCCAAAUGAUAAUUGCUCUGGUAAGAAGGAACGUUUUAACCUUGGCUACUUGCUUUAAUUUUUUAAAGUACCUUUACAUUAAAGCUCUUAAUUCAAAGCUCUCUCGACGAGCGAUCAUAGUAUGAAAUUUUGAUUUUGAAUUUGUGUCGGAAUCUUGGUAUACGUAUUAUUCCAGACAACAGAAGUUUUGCUCGAAAGUUCAUGAUUGUUAAAAUGUUUUAGGACAAACACUGCCAAACAGAAUUUCUCAGCCACAACGAGGUUAACAGUGUUAAAUACAAACAUUUUUUUACCUUUGCCAAUGCUGUCAAUCACACUUAAAAUAUUUCUACAGCACAUCUUGUAUCUUAGCAUAUUUUUCAGGCAGGCAAAAUGGCUAGUCACAACAAGCUUGACUGUCACAAACGUAUUUUUACCUUGUGAAAUUGGAAAUUUCACCUAAUCAGGCUCCACUCUCAUGGUGGGAAAAGCCUUGAUGUUGUCUAUAGCACGAAAAUGCCUGUUCGUGCAUCAUAAAUACUGCUAAAAAACAAUGCUUAAAUGCACUUUAAAUGCAGUAUAUUUGCUGUACCAUUUUUUUUAAAUGAUAAUUGCUUCACUUUGUUUAUUGCCUAUUAAUUAAUAAAACCUGAAUAAAACCUGAAUAAAACCUAAUAAAGAGUUUUUCACUUAGAAAAAAAUGAGUGUCAACACAAACCCUUCUUUCAUAAUUUCAAUGUAUAAUUAAUAAUGAUAAUGUUAUUGAAAAAAUAUACAAUAUUCAACCACGCAUUAAAUUAUCCAUAUUAAUAUAUUAAAUCCCAAGUUUAUAAAUGUCAUUCCAAUAUAUCGUAGUAUAAAUUAUUUUACAAGUGACAGUGUGGCCAAUUAGGGAAAGGGCUAAGAGCUCCCCAACAAAAUUAUUUGUUGAUAAGAGUGACAUGUUUUUCGUGCGUUUUUCAAAGACCUUUCAACUGUUGUGCUUUGAAAGCUUGGAUGUAUAGGGCUUUUGCUUUAUAUUAAAGAUGUGAUCAUCUUUAAUAUAAAGCAAAAGCCCUACACAUCCAAGGUUUUAAAGCACAACAGUUGAAAGGUCUUUGAAAAACGCACGAAAAACAUGUCACUCUUAUCAACAAAUAAUUUUGUUGGGGAGCAUGAACAACUUAACCAUAUUUCAAUGUUAUGUUCUUUCAUUUUUUCAAUUAUAUUUAAGGAUCAAUUAUUUAAAUGGCAGAAAUGAAAAACAGGUCUAAGUAAAUAGCAUUAGCAACCGACUUUGAGAACGGAAACUGUGAAUUUUAAGUAAUAUUCGAUGAUAUAUAAAGUUUUAAGCAUUGAUUUUUGUAUUCUUUCUAUGACCUGGUUUUCAUUUUAUUUCUGACGUUUAAAAGAACACGCUUUGGUAAUUAGGAUUUCAGUUUCUACUCAGAAUGCGUGAGAAAGACGCAUAUUGUGCUUUAAAAUCCCUUGGGUACAGAGCAGGUAAUGCCUUCCUAAUGAAAGCUCUAAGUCCACACUACUGUAAUUUCUCACCAAACUGUCAAAACAAAGAUUAAAUUUUAUUUACACUUGUGAAACUUGACGCGGCGCAGGGCGUCUUGAGUCACUGCCCAGUCGAUGGCGUUGCAAUGUUUCCUCAUAGCUAGGCAAACCUCGAGAAUAAUCCUGUUCAUAAUAAUAAAUAUCACGAUUACCAUUGUAAUCGAUAUAGUCCUCGUACUUUUGACUUUGCAUCAUUCUGCGAUGACAGCUCGCAAUGGCCGUGUCCGAACACGCAGAAUCCCUUCUCUUAAGGGUGACAUUGUUAUUGGGCAGUCUUUGCGUGUCAAAAUUGCGUGAAUCGAACCUAUUAUUUUCAGGAGCCACACGGCGCGGUGGUAUCUCCUGCUGAGAGUAAGUUUGCAAUCCUUCAUUAUUCGAGUACGUAUGGUUCCUAUCACCCGUCGCUAGAUAUCCAUCUUCUAGAUUUGAAGUUGGACAUAUCUCGAUUGUCUGUCUACGUAAACCUCUCAAAUUUCUCGGUUGUGCUCUGCGAUAAAGAUCCACAUCAUCGUAAAAGUCAACUCUAUUCAAGUCGCUAAUGUUAGAUCUGUUUUCUACAAACUGUGGCAGACCACAAACGAACUCCUCCCUUUUGCCCUCCUUCCAAGGCUCGUCGCGGGUAGAGUGAAAUUCCUCUCGUCUAUUUCGGUUUCUUGGCAAUGUCAUUGAACCACUAGCGUAGUAAUUCCCGGCCGAGCUACGCCCAAAAUCAUCAAAUUCAUUCGGAAUUUCUCCUCCAUAGCCCAAAUCCUCAUUAGGGCUUUGCGGUUCAGGUAUACUGGCCAAAUCUUUGUUUCGAAAAUCACGGCGGUCAUUCAAAUUAUCGUAAUAAUACCGAUUCUGAGGCGCCCGAGAUAGAUUUAAAGCCGAGAGUUCCUCGGAUAUAUCUCUUCGACCGUUUAAGCGUUUCCGUUGACGUGCAGGCAAUCUUUCGGACAUACUUCUGCGUAAUUUCGGCUGAGGGUGUGCAUUAUGAGCCAUUUUCAUGCUCGUUUGAACAGUUAAGUGGCUUUCGUGCUGAUUUUGGUCGUGCGGGUUUCCUGUACUAAAAUGUUUUCCAAAGUCAUACUGACUCCUUUCAAUUUCAUUCGAUGUUCUAUCAUUUAAAUGGUUUCCAAGUUCGUAUUGGUUUCGUUCUAGGAAUGUUCCAGCAUGGUUUUCAAAUGUAUGACUUCUCCCGCGAGUUUGCAUAUAAAUAUUUUCUUCGUUUAUCGGGUUUCCUAUUUCGUGCACUGUCCGAGCUCUUUCACGACCGCUUUCGAACAGAUUCUCGUCAGAUUCAUUCAACACUCCCAUUGCCCGACUAUCGCUUAGAGUCCCUCGAGUAGAAGCAUAACCAUUAGGCCUCGUCAACUUAUAAUCACCGUUUCGUACGCUUGAAUUCUCCUCAGUAAACACACCAGAAUCCGAAGAUGAAUUCGAAACCAACGAAUUGCGCGAUCCCGCCGGUAAACUCGUAACGUUUUGACUCCAAUCUUCAGGGAUCACUUUUUUGUUCGUUUCUGGAUUCUUAGCUUGUUUUUCUUCCGAGGUUUUCUGCAAUAGCGCCGUGAUCUCAUCGCUCUUAGCAACGUCGAUUGCCAACUUGCCUUCGUUGUCUUUUGUAUUGAUGUCCGCACACGAAGCGAUCAAAAGUUUAACUAUAUCAAGAUAUCCUCCUGCCGAAGCCAAAUGUAAAGCAGUCCGUCCGUUUUUAUCCGUCGUGGCGAUAUUCGCGCCGUGGCUGAGUAAUACUUCGGCGACAUCAUACCGACCGUCUUUACAGCUCUGUUGUAGAGAGGUAUAGCCCUGUUUGUUACGUUGGUUUACUCUACAUUGCUGACCAAUGUUGAUGAGAAACUUCACUCUAGUUGCAUCGCCGUCCGUAACGGCCUGGUGAAACACUGCCGCGUUCAUGGUUAAACUCGCGCUCUGAAGAUCUCGCCCUUCAAAACUGACAUGAACAAUGUUCCUGGUUCACAAAAUCAACGUUUGAAACGUUGCUAACUCGGUGUAACCGAUCCGAGCGCGUAGAAUAUAAUACGUCAGUGUUGUGACAAACUGAUACACUGAGACAGAGAGAAUACUGUGAAUACUUUCGAACAAUAGCUAGUAUUAUCAAGCGGAUAUCGUUGGCGAAGUUAACAAAGUUGUGAACUUAGGAAGUCGCUCUUACUGCACACGCCAGCGCUUAGCGUAAAAUACCGUAUUUAACUAAGAUGGAAUGUUUACAUUAAAGGGCCGGAUCAUUCAUGCAGGAAAUGGCGUUAGGGUAGUGGGGGUGGGGAGAAAUUUGUUUCUGUCAUGUCGGCCGCCUACUGUCAUGUGUUUAUAACCUGUGAUUGUCAUUCGCAUAUGUGUUUAUGAAUGAUAAUAUAUUAUAAUUUCGAAGACGUGUCGUUAUAAAUAAAGAAUGAUAUAGGAAGCCAUAGAAAUCGGCAAACAAAAAUCUAGUUCGAGAGAAAAAAAUAUAUACGUGGCACCCCCGACAAAUUUUAGUUACUCUGAAGUCCAAAUGUUGACAAUUUUCUCAGGUUUUUCUCUCUGCUUAUAUAGGUCCUACAUAAGUCUUCUCAAAUCUCAAAUACCUGUCUUGUCUAGCCAAAUUGUCUCAAAUUCUCGCUGUAGUCUUAUACAUUUACACACAAGCAUAUUUUUAAAUUUUUUUCAUAAGUAACUUUUUGCACCCGCGAGUAAACACAGAACUCCGAAAUGGAAACUACAGUACCGGUGUACAUUACAAAACAUAAAACGCAGACAUCACAAUGACUAUAAUAUUGUAUCAUAUAAUCUCGAUAUUUUGUUUUCCAAACUAUCACCUGGCCACAGUAUUUGAGCGGCGCACUUUUACAUCAUCCAAAAUGACAUGAAAAUACUGUUGAAAACAACACGUUAAGCGGUCAACCCUAGCCUGUAUCAUUAUGCUAGCUAUAGGAAGUCUCUAUCCUGUAUCGAUAAUAUCCUGUAUCGAUAAUCUAGUUUUAACGAAUUAAGAAGAUAAUUUUAUGCUUUCUACUUAAUUUGGCAUGAUCGGAUGGAACAUUUCUGGCAUUUAGCUACUUUUAGUGGGCAUGUCGGGCAGUGUGGCUACUGGCCAAGUAUAUUAAAGUUAACAUGCUGAUUUUUGAGUACUGUUUGAGAGAUACAAUUGUUUGAGUUAGUGUAAGCAAAAUAAACGAUGAUUAUAGUCUGAAUCAAACCGAUUUCCUGUUUCGGUACAACAGCCACGGCGGACACCGCUCCCUAUAGAGUGCCCCCUCACGUGAGCCUGUUGAGGAAUUACAUGUGAGUUAUACCCAUCACGAGGGCGAGGGUUGAGACAAUUGAAGUACUGUGUAGUUGGAAUAAUUACCAAGAAAAUACUUCAAAAACACUUCAUCACGCAUACAAUCAAUAUACCUCCUACACGAUAUUUAUUAAAUAUCAACAAAUAUAUUUCCUGGUAAAAAGCAGUUUAUGUACCUAAUUUCUAAGCUGUUUGGCCAGAAAAUUUCCCUUUUAAUUUCUUUGGUUUAUAUAUAAUAUCUCUGGUUAAACCACACCAAGGCUUCGCCUCAUACAAUAUUUAUUUAAUCUUAUACUAUGAAUAUAUCAUGAAUAUUAUAUAUUUUUACACUGAAUCGAAUGGUGGUAUUUUCAUCUACAUAUAUAGGGUUUACUGAACCGAAGAUAUGAACGAAACACCGUAGACCGUGCACGUUCUACGCGUAAUGAAUCCAGUGCUGAGAAAGAGUAUUAAGAUCAUUUAAGAUUUUUCUACUAGAAAUUAGUUUCAUAAUUAACUUCGAACGGCUGUGCGGUGUAAGUAGAUACGAUAAUAAGUUAAUUGCGGAUUGCGAGAGAUAAAAAUGCCUGAAACAAGGAGAGCCUUCGCUCAAAACAUGAAGUCCUGCUUGUAUUCAGGCACUCGCAGUAUCUCCCGCGAUCCGCAGUUCGGUCUUAAUUAACCGCUAUGCAGGAACUGAUGUUAAAUCUUUCAACAAAAUUGUUUGGGUUAAAUGAUAAUUCUGAUAAAACUUCAUUAUCUAUAUCUUUUGGCCAGCUGUAGCCUAUAGCCUCUUCAAAUUUCAGGACUAAAUAUUUUUAAAUAUUAUGUUUUGCAUUUUGACUAAGACAUUGAUACUGCGCCAUUUAUGAUCCAUGAUUGAACAUUUUGUGUUGGCUUUCUCGGUGUUUUUUCAAAGAUAAUAAACCGGUGAUAUUCAAUAUGAUAUUUUUCUUUGAUUUUGGCUGUUCUCAUUUUUUCCAAAAGAUAAUCGUUUUGUUCAAUAUGAUAUUUUUCUUCGCUGUGAGUUUCAUCGCCUUUAUAGACAAUAAUACAGAUUCAAUCACAACGUGUUUUGACUUAACCGUUUUGUUAUGUGUGCUCUCUUUACUCAAAACUAUAGUACAGUGUGAAUAAUAAGGAGUGAUCAUUAAAAAUAUUAAUGGCUGCCUCUUUGAUCCAAAUGAGCAAUAUAUAAUGAAUUAUAUAGCUAUAAGCUAAGCUUGGCGGACAGGAUUUAUGACUGAAAGCUAGCUGAUGCCCAAUAAUAAAAGAAACUACAAUCAGUCACAGACACAGGAUUAAUUGAGGAAAUGGUGCAAAGAUUAAAUUAGAUCGACUUAUAAUCUUCCUGUUGUGUUCGUACAGGUCAUGCUAAUUAAUGCUAUUUGUGGCUGAAAUCUUUAAUUCCUGCGCAUAUCCAGUUUCAAUGGUUAUGACUUAUGUAUACUAUAUAUUCGAUGAAAUCGUGGAAUCAAAACCUCAUAUUUAACAGUAGACAUUACGGAACUGCGGAACUGGCGAGCAAUUAUUACUGAUCUAAAAUUAACUUAUAACUAAUACGGAUAAUUCCUUCUUCCGCGUUGUUACCAUGCAAGUUUUCUUCCUCAAGUUAGGAUUCCUAAAAUCUACAUGCAUGUGCACUCCUAAUUCAGAAACGAAAAUGAGAGCAUCCUUUGCGCGUGUGCUGUGCUGGAGGGUGGAUUCCGUUGCUAAACGAGGCCUUCAAGUUUUCGAUCGAGUAUCAGGUCGUGUGCGAAUGAUAUAUAGCUAUUCUUAUGCCAGGCAAUUUUACCUGUCAAUGAGAAUGUUGAUUAUGUGAUAAAAGAGCUUGAGCUCGAAGCUGCGAAUACGGUUGUGAAAUUCUUAAAAUUCUGACGCAACUGGGAUUUUUCUUCUGGGUAGCAAGAACUCAACACAUCUAGAAGUAGACCUGCUACAAGCCGACUCGCACCGUAACGCAUUGUAAUUUGUCUCGUACUGUAAGGAGUAAAACGAGUAAGGACGCGUGAGCGUUGAAAACGGGCGAGCUAAAAUCCGCACUUUAAAAAAUUUGGGCUUAACCUCGUAGCCUCUCUCCUCCGCAGAGGCGACGAUUCCAUUCAUUCUAUUAAACUGUGAUUCAUGUAAGCCUAUUCCAAUCGCCUCUGCGAUUGAGAGAGCCUCGUAGCUAUAACGAGUCGGCUUAUAGCAAGUCUAAUCUAUAAGUUAUUUUUAUAUUUCCUGUUCGGAUUGGCUGCGUAGACAAAUCCAAUAUAUAUGGCUGUUAAAUUUCACUCUUCUGUUUAAGAUGCAUUCCAUCCGUAUCAUAUAGGAUUAGUGACAGAAUUGGUGUUCUUCUUGUUUUGAAUUUCUUCACACCUUGAUGUAACGCCUUCACACAUGCAGUCACACCUUCAUCACAGAAUGUUUGUCAGUCUGAGAAAAUCACGAGCAUCAUGCAAGAUUAUGUGAUAUUGUGCAUGCAUGCCUACAGUGCAUAACAUUGUGCAGCUCGUUUGCAGCGGUUGUUUAUAUCAGAGAUAUUUUUCAGGUGUAAAUCUUAAUUCGUCUUAUGUUGAUAAUGCAGUUUUUUCGUGAUAAUAACUGCAAUAAUGCACACUUUGUAAAUACAUGGAAUAAACUCGAUCGGUCUGUGCAACUAUGGUCUGUGCGAGCGUAGGUAUAGUGAAAAUAGCAAGCUUAUUAACCAAGCGUCACCCGAAAAUUGGUAUAACUAAUUUUGGCGGCAUUUUGCACCAUAGCGCUCGUGUAAGAAAGCAGAAAACUUUAAAAAUCUUAUGUUUUGUUAUAUGUGUCGAAGAUUACCACAAACUGAUACAAACACGUACAGUUUUUAAUCCGGUCUCCCCGGUUAAUCCGGUUUAAUAUCUUGACGAAUGACGACGAACUACCGACUACGUUUGAAAUAGUUAUUGUUAUAUGUAUGCAAAUACUAAAUGCUUGUCAUAACAAAUUUAUCCCAAAUAUUUUUUUUGUCUAUGGUUUUGUGUUCGGUAAGUUUCAUCUUUUAAUUUUCAUCAUUUCUUUAUAAAAAUACUCUCCAACCUGCAACGUUCGUGCGUAUACUCAAUUUCGGUGCUAUAUAUGUUCUUGAUUCUGUUUUACAACACAACUGAGAAUGUGAUUUUUAUGCUGUAGCCAAGCGACCUACGGUGAAAAAUAUGCUCUGGGGAUCAUAUGUAAAUUUUGUCUGCCUCGGUUGAACACAAGCUUUCAACCGUACUCCGUACCCGUUGUUCGUUGUCGGCAUCCGGCUUAAACUCUCUACUAUACAUGCAAAACGUCGAAACGUCGUAGUAACGUCCAGACAAAGGGCCUUCGCUUGAAACCUCGACGUUUUGCUUGUAUAGUUUCAGGCCGCUGAAUCCCUUGUAAUUAAUACAUGGUAUCAUAUUCCUCUGCAGGAUGAAUGAUGAUGGAUCGAUCUGAAGCAGAGUUCAAACUCUCAUGCAUGCACUAUUACAUCGUAUUACAUUAUUAAUCGCUAUACUAUUACCCUAACCGGCUAAACUGACCGCGGCAAUUUUAUCUCUGUAAGGAGUCCGGGAUUAUAAUCUACAAUUCAAAUUAUUUAUUUAUUCUACCAAAGAAUCAUUCAUAUGAGUCAUGCAUACAGUUUUUUUGGGGGUUUUUUCACUUUGAUUUUCAACCUUUCAUUUUCGAUACUUAGCCUACAACUUUGAAUAAGAAGCUAUUAUUUGCAUCUCAGACUCCAUACAAAAUGUUGUAAUUUCCUGCAGCGUAACGCAAAUUAAUAAAUUAAAAGUUUGCAUGUAUAUGGAAGACCCCCUUCAUGUGAUGUUUUGUGUUUGGUGGAGCAGAUCUAAUUAUCUAGCUGACAUCCUGUCGCUCUUUACAACUAAUUCACUCAAGAUGCUAGGUACAGCCCUUCAUUUGCGGUCACACUGUUCGCGUGACAUCUGCAAGACAUAAAAAAGCUCGUUUUGAUAGCUCGGAAGCACUUCAGCUAUAAAUAAUGUAAGACGUAGUUUAGGAGGAUGCAAAUGGCGUCGCAUAUUUCUCAAAUUUGCGAGGACGUAACCAUAGCAUAAAAUAUUUCGUAUUUUUACUCUAUCUGUUCGAGUCUGUUGUAGAAGUAAACUUUUAUUAUUGUUGGAAAUCAACCCCAUAGGUUUAGUACAAUGCAAAUAGAUCGUCAUUCCAAUAUGGCGGCUCCGACGUCAUGUAGUCUUGCAAUUCAACAUGCCAAAAUUUGCCAUGAAGUUGCUGAUUCUCACAUAAAAAUGAUUUCUUGUUCAAAAGCGGCUGGCAAUUGUAUUUUUUUCACUGGAGAAUAACGAGGAUGAAAAACAUGACCCCGCAAUAUCCCUAAAAUUGUUAUACCGCAAUUUCUGUGAUAAAAUACAGUUAAAACUAGUAAAUUAUAUCAUUUCCCUCAGUAUAAGUGGUGACUAAUCUUUCACUAUUUUAUCAAGGACAAGGUCGCCCUGACCAAAAUAGUUAAACCAUAGGCCUACAGACUGCCCAGACCAAAAAAUAUUAGGGGGUUGCAUUUGCCCAGCCCUCCUCUCCUCCGCCUAUGGAUUAAAGGUUGAAGGCAACCUUGGCAAGCUUGCUUAUCCCAUACUGUGAAGUAACGACACGUGUUAUUGACAUCAUGCCACUUAAAUAAACCAGUGAUUCAUCUGAUCCCAUAGUGAUCACAACCAAGCAUUUGUACUUUAGUGAACUGUUAGUACACAAACUGUAUACAAGCAUUUUAAGGCCCUGAAACCAUCGAUGUGUGAGCUAACAAAGAUUUUGGUCUCAGACUUAGAUUGAUGUUCAUGCAUGUAUUACUAAUUACUCAUAACUUUUAUUUUCCAUGUAAUUAUUUUCAUUAUCUCAUUUUCUCUUUGUCACUUUGAGUAGACAAAAUGAUCAAAAAUCUUCAAUGUUAUGAAAACAGUCCUAUUUAAUUCUCUAACCAUGCAACCGACCAUAUAUGUACACGAAAUAAGGUUGUCUGGGAGGUCCUGCAUGUCGGCAAAGUCUAUCUAGAACAAUGCCAACUUAAACACACAGUGCGGGAGUUUCCUGACCCACUUCAGAUUUAUUGAGUGUUUUCAUUCACAUUGUCUUGAAAUGCUCUAGAAGAAGCCGCAAUGACAUGCUUUGUGCCACUAGGCAUAUACAGUCUAAUCAAACUAUCAGUCCAGAUCACACUAUUCAUGCAAAAGCAGGGGAAAUUAUUUUUCUGUAUGUUCCGUUUUGACGGCCAGAUGUUUUAGUAUCCAAUGAAGGAAUCGCGUAAGUCACAAAAUUUACAGCAUUUCCAUAUAACCUCUACCACAAUUCAUCAUGACACCAAAACAAUGAGGGCCCGUUUGAUUUGAAAAACUACCCGAGAUAUCGUUAUCUCAAUUUUUGCAUGGAUUCGCUGAAUUAACGGUGAAAAUAAAAUAAUUUAUUGCCAUGUACUAUAUAAUAUACGUAGUUUAGUUGUCAAAAUUAAAACAACAUCGUAUAGGUUUCAUGCACAUUUUCCUUCAAGUUUAUUUCAAAUUAUAAUUUUGCAGCAUUUCAAAUCAUAAAAUUAUCCUUGAUUAGUUUUUCCACUAACACGUUCGAAGUAUUUGAAUUACGGCAAUCAGAGCGUACGAUAUAGUAAUGUCUAAAUUUGUCGAUGAUUCCUAAUAGAUAAUUCAUAAUAAAAAAUCACCAGAAAGAUCAAAUAAAAUGCCCAUCAAUUUAAAUUGCAAUCUAGAUAAAGUAAAUCCCAUUUCAUUAUUUUAUUUAAACAAUACGAACCAAGUGGCAUAUCGCAUAUUGAAAUUAAUUCGAUGCAUGUACGUAUGUAUUAUAAAUCAGACACGUAAACGCUAAAAAUAGACCAAAUUCGUCAUGAACACAUUGCUAACUUUAUUUAAAAUAAAAUGUAACAAAAAGUUGACAGUUCUUGUUCAGUUUUUCACCGUUUUUCUAUAUACAAAUUAGUAUAAACAUCAAAUGUACUAAAGCAUGAAAUGUCCAAGUAAUAAGCAACAUGAGACACUGUUCUGCAGCCUCCAGAUAUUCAUUCAAUGAACAAGUGAGAAACAUCUGCCACAGAUAUGCAAAUGGCGAUAUAUGUUAUUUCAUAACAUACGUGACUACUUAAUUUUUUUAUUUAAAAAAAUAUUGUAAUUUAAUGUGUGUUUCCUUUUUUGUGUAAAAUCUAUUCCGUACAAGUGAACAGACAUCUAUAAUCUUGAAUUAUGGUCUGUGGCGCCAGUGUAGGUAGGCUAUGUAGUGGCAACAAUAAGAAAACUUCGGAUUGAUAGGAUACAACUACCUGAAAAAUACAAGGAGAACUUCGACGUUUCGAGCGAAGGCCCUUCGAAGGCUGCCUCCUCCGCAGGCCCUCGUUGCGUCAUGGGAAGGUCACGAUCUGGCGAGGGCCUGCGGUAUCUUGUAAAAAAAAUGGCGCCGGCGUCACGUCAGCAAGUAAAUUUCUACAUAUCUUGAAUAUAAACAGCCUAAAAACAGGAUAUAAAAAAGCGGCGUGAAACUUGUAAAUUAAACUGGCGACUCUUAGGACGUGGAAGGAAGCAUUUUUUAACGAUAAGGUUUUUGUUGUCCACACCAACGUUGCACGAAUAAAACUGCCUUCUUUAACGAAGCAGGUUCAAAACAACAUUUAUUCAUGUUACAAGAUUUCGCAGGCCCUCUCGAAAUCGUGACCUUCCCAUGACACAACGAGAGCCUGCGGAGGAGGCAGCUUCGAAGGGCCGAAGUUCUCCUUGUAUUUUUCAGGUAGAUGUAUCCCAAUUGUCCUAUAGACUAUAUACUUCAUUCAUCCCAGGCCUAUAGAAUGGCAGGAUGAGUAGUUUUUCCGCUGAGAAAUUCCGAAUUUUCUCCCAAUGGGCAAUGACUAUUAUAGGGGGUAGAUCAUGGACUGCCUUGGAUCAACUAGUUUGAACACGACGACGAGUCCUCUCUAAUCCCUUAGUUUCCCCACAUUCCUGAAAGAUCCUUGAUCUUGGAACAUCACUCACGCCGGCCGAUCUCGACGCGACCGAUUUAUCCCAAAUACUAAAUCUCUUCUUUCCUGAUUCCCUGUACCGCCAUGGGUAAAACCUGGUGUACACCGUAUAUUCCUCAUUUGGAUUCACAUAACUUUUCUCGGUGAACUCCAGCGGUUUUACGACCCACAAUGGCCGAGGUUCAGUCUCAUUUGCGGCUUUAAAGCCGGAUUUCAUCACCACUUUAGUGUCAUGGAAAGGUCGUGUGGAAACUGCAGGUCUUCGCCGGAUUUCUACAGUAUUGAAAUGCUCCGAAUUGUAGUUGAAGGGGCUGACUUUGUAUACAUAUCCUAAUUUCGCUUGAGAUCUUUCGAUAUCGGGUAAAAACUGCCGUAUUAAUCUUUCUCUGCUUUUCAUACUUAACGCUUUGAUAUCCAUUGCGUAAAUAUUAUUGUCACUAGCCAUCUUUACCUUAUUACUGGGGUCCAUUAUACUCUAAAUUAUCACCCACAGCUGCGAAUAUGUAAGUCCAAAUGUAUGUACUAUAACCAGUCCCUGUCUUCAAUUAUUCGCAUUCACAAUAUCGUUGGUUUUAUAUCGUGGCAUUCUAGCGUGGGAUGUAGCUCGGCGACUCUCUACAAGUAACAUUGAAGCGUACUGAGUAAAUAUUUGAGUUAAAAAUCUAAAACAUUUAAUUGUUUAUCCGCGUGUGGUGGUUGCCUAGUAACAGUUGUCUCAGAGGAUUUACUCAACAUUUUAACCGCCGAUUUUAUGAUCUAUUUUGGAAUCACGGUUCUUGAUUAAUGUACGAGAUUUUGGUUUUGUAAACUACCCAAUUAAACUGAACUUAUUUAAAUACACUGCAUGGAUAGCUCUAUCGGUCCUAUACACUGUUCUUUCUAGAGGUCUUCCACAAAAGGGCAUCCUUUAUCCUGCGUGUCGUAGUACUAUCUAGUACACAACAAUCAUGGAAAUUAAUGGUAGACUAUUGAAAAAUGCUUAAAAUCCCCCCCCCCCCGCCCCCUCCCCCUUUGCAAUAUUGGUUGUUGUCCAAUAAUCAUGGUUUUAACCAAUAUUGUACUAGGAAUAGGGGAGGGGGGGGGGGGGAAUUACUAUUUCUAGCGAUUAUGGACGUCAGUUUGUUAACUAAAAAUAAAAUGGCUUUUCAAAAUAGUAAGACAACAUGGUGCAAUAUGUAUCCAUGGCAGAGGUGUAGUGAAGUGAAGCACCCUUCCCUCGUGCACGAGAAUGAGGCGAAACUAUUAUUAGCAGCUAAAGACCUUUUCAAACUCUAAUUACCUUCCAUUAGUUUGAAGAGAUUAGUGAAUAUUGAACGCUAAAAUCAACCUGUACAAAUAAAAAGUAAUUAUCAAAUAAUUUAGCACAAAUGAAGGUCCAAAAGAGUCCAAGCAUUGCACGUAUGUACAAAAAGGCCAAGGUCUCAAGCUUCAAAAGUGCAAUAUUAAUGUACGGUUUAACUCGUUCUUAAAACUAAAAGGCUUUGGGAUGGACAAGACAUUCCACGAAAUUCAAGCCAAAGUUGCCAAACGACUUAUCCAUAGCGAUCGACACAGACGACGAAAGUCGAUCGCUCCUGAUAUAGUGACAUGUAACAGCAAGAACCAUGACUUGUCCAGGCUCAUGGUAAAAAAUGAAGUCCUUUUCAAAAAUCUUGAAGGUAAAAUGUCUUCUCUUGAGAACGAACAACGAAGACGCGAAAAUGAACUAUUGAGAACUGAAAGAGCAUUAGCCGGUUCUGUCCGUAAAAGAAGUUUACCGCAUUUAACUAACAAGUCCGCUCAAGGACCACGAACUAAAGGGAAAACUCCAGCCUCGAGGCAACCGAAGCGUAACUCGUUAAUAAAGGAUGGAUUACAGUCACCAACAUCUUGCAACCAACUUGUUAAAAAAUGGCUUAAAAGUUUUGAUAGCGCCGAAAGCACAUCUAAGAACACUUUAGAAGUUCCACCUUUCUUCGAUUCUGUGUUGGAACCAAAGAGUGCUUUUGGAGGAGAAAGGAAGUCUGGCUUUGUUUCAGAAUUGAUCGGUGCAGAUCUAGAAAGCAACGGUGGAGAUAUAUACACGAACGACAACACUACCAAAAACGCAUUAGAGGCACCACCUUUCUUUGAGUUAGAACCGAAGAUUCGUUGUUUUGAAGGUGAAGCCUUGGACACAAAGGUUAGGUCAGGCAGUGAUUUAGAAAGUGGAAAUGGACUAAUAACAAGCUUUUCAACAUUCAUUGAUGCUGAUAGAGCGUCUUCAAGUUUAUAUACGUUAGCCAAGAUACGAAUUUCUGACGCAGAACAAGACGGAGCCAGUUGAUUGUGAGGCGAAACAAUAAAAGUACAAAAAAUGGGACAACCGACUUUAUAUCAGAGGGAACUGGCUGAGUAUUCUCCUCCUCUGGGAAAUGUCAAAAGGGACAGCCGUCCGUAGUUUUUUAUGUUAUAGUUGGUAAUAUAUGGGGCUACAAGAACCUUUAACUUGUUGAAUACUAAAUUCAGAUAGUCGAAAGCUUGUAAAAAGUAAAAUUUUUUGGUUAAAAAGAAUCCGAGUUAUCUGUCCCAUAGUUAGAAAGCCAUGGUCAAACGAAGAUAAGGGUUCGACGAGCUUUGGCAAGCGUGAGGUUGCAUGAGAGUUUUCUCAACCCUCAUGCCCCGAUCAAACGAAAACAAAAGUUGCAUGCAUGAGAGUUGAUGAGAGUUGAAUGGAUAAAAAUUACCGCGUGCGUGGCAGAAUUUUGAACGAGCUCAAAGUUGAGGGAGUGGAUGCCUACGAGAGUGCAGCGAGCAAACGCGAGCGAGAGUUACAACGCUCAUCAACACUCCUCUACGUUUGAUUCGGGCCUAAAGUUUGUUGUUGCUCAAAAAUAAUCUGAGAACUGUUUUUUAUUGACAGUAUUGUUGUAAAUAUUGUAAAUAGACUGAAAUAGUACUUUUGUUUCUUAUUUAUUUCCCUUAUUAACGAACAUCAUCUUCAAAUUAAAAACGCUGAUGUUCAUCAAACUAUAGUCCUUAUAUGUUUGCAUUGGUAUCAAUGGCAACAAUAAUGACUAAUGCUAUAAUAAUACAUGUUUACAAAUGAAAAGUUUGGCUUCUUAAUCUCCCAGCACGACUGCCAUGUCCGUCCUCUUCUUUGCUUGGUUUCCUUGCAGAUUUUUGUUCGCUUUGUUCGACUUGUUCGCUUUCCUUGUUUUUAUCAAGCGAUAAAAUUUGCUGUAGUCUUAGAAACCGCGGAUCUUCCAAACAAUUUUUGCUUUCUGUAGUUGCUGGUGCAAUUCGUGGUAAAAUUAAGUGAUUAGUGUUACCAUUGGCAUUUCUACGAGGAAGCUUUGGACUUGAUUUCGGACUUGGUUGGGCUAUACUCGGAAGAAAAUUUGCCGUUGCUCUAGGUCUUAAUCGUGUCUUAUUUUUCACAGAUUUGCUCUGUACGGCAAAACGAACAACCGAAAUUGCUUUCUGCCAUUUUAACUUUGCAUUGAAUGACUUUUUAUGUGAUUUUUGGUCUCCUUUCAAGUGUAGCGCUCCGUCAGAAAAGCUGCGAUGUCUUUCAAGCAGAUGAAAAUGUUGUAAUUCACUUUUCUCCAACGAUCUUUGUCUUCUUUUCGCAAACUGAAGUCGUUUGUUUACUAAGUGUCUUUGCUCUCCAUUCUUGUGUUUGUUUAAGUUACUUAAAAUCGAAUCUAGGGAUCUGUCUUCAUGUACGUUUUCACGGAGAAGUGUAUCUUUUAUUUUGUUUUUCAACACCAGAUCUCCGUUCUUACACCAGUGCAUCAGUUGCUGGGCAUCUCGCUUUGUUUUGCUCAUGGUGAACUGCUUAUUUACCUCUUGUUGAAAUUAAUAAGUAAACUUAAGUCAAGAGUGAUAAUCUCUAGAAAAGAUUUUAAUCACAAUCCCCCGACCGAUGUAUAUUAUUAAUUUUUGAGGAUUACAUUUGGCCUCAACCAGGUCUUUUUACAACUGACAAACCUCAGGUGUUCGUUCCCAAGAUUGAAUCGCUCUUACUGUGAACGCAAGAGUUACUAAGUUAACACUUCCAGCAAAGAAUAUAAUCCCAAUUCCUAAUUUUGCGUCGAUUACAGAUAUGAUUUGCUCCUUAUAGAUUGUUACCUUUGCUUUUCAGCAAGCAUCAUGUACCACAAACUUGAUUUGUUUUCCCCAACUGUUGCCAACUUUGUUGUAAGCGCGUAUGACUGUUGUUGUCUUACAAUUGUUCCAAAUUCCAGUAUAUCUUCACAAAUUGUUUUAAUCAGUCUAGAUAGAUAGAUAGAUAGAUUGUUUGUUUAAUAAGAUUAACACAUAGCAGCCAAUAAGGCUGAAUUGCGUGCUAAAUUUUACAAGAGAAAUGAUUAAAAUUAGUUAUUCUAUAUUUACAGAAGUUUAAAAUUACAUUACAAUUUAUAAUUCUAUAUUACAGAAGUUUAAAGUUACAUUACAAAUUAGCUAUGAAACUAGUAAAUUUCUAAAAAAAUGUUAGCCAGUCUAAAACUGAAUAUCAGAAUCGAUUGUCAGUUAAUAUUAUUGAUACGCCUUGCAGAUGAAAGGAAAAAACUGUUUCUAAAUCUGUUCGUUUUGGUCUGAGGAACAACAAAAGACCUUGAGUGUCUAAGGUCGUAAUUUGGAAAGUAUCUAGAUGGUACAUGAUUAUGCAUAUUAGCUACUGGUGUUGUGGUGAUUUCAUUAAACAGUUUCUCGCAUGCAUCCACACGCCUGUCACUUAAUGGUUUGAUGCCCGAUUUUUGUAAACAAUCCGCAUAACCUGUCAGUGGAUAGAUGAUUGAUAAAACACGCUUUUGAACCCGUUCCAGGGCAUUAGAUAAGUAGGAAGGAAGGGCGAAGUGGAAAACUUGACAGCUGAAUUCCAUGACUGGUCUGACGCAGGUAGUGUAAAAAUGUAUUAUGUCAGCUUCAGGUACAUGAGCACGUUUCAACUGAAUAAUAAAAUAAAUCCGUUUGUUCGUUAUGUUACGUUAUGUGUUGGUUCCAUUUUAGAUCUUUAGAAAUUGUCAAACCUAGGAUUCUUGCGUGGUUCACUGUCUCGAUUUGGCCUGAGAUGAUCUUAAGGCGCGGAAAUUCUUUCUCAGGUUUUGUAAAACUGAUAACAAGUUCCUUGCACUUGGAGGCAUUUAAUUGCAUCUUGUUUUCUACAGACCAAUUUUGAACACAAUCGACUGUAUCUUGAAUUUUACUGGGUGUGUUGAUAUAAAUGAUUUCAGAUACCGUAGCAUCAUCGAUGUAUUUCCAUCGCUCAUGAUGUGGGGGGCGUAGGUCAUUUAUCAUUAGGAUGAAUAACCAAGGUCCCAAUUUGGUUCCUUGAGGGACACCGGAAGGAAUGUCAAUCCAUUCAGACACAGCAAUCUUCAUUUUUACACCGUUUUGUUAUUCAAUCUUCGCCUGGCAUCGAAAAUAUAACUAGACCAGUUUUUAGCUUUAAGAUAUCGCUUGUCAUGUAGACGUCCCUGUUGACUCUGUUCAUUAACGUCAAUGAUAUGCAACAAUUACCGACAUUUACAACAAAAAGUUUAAUUCAAAAUUCCACCCAGGGCCGCUUCUCUGACACUUUGGAUCCCGACAGAUAUGGCUUUGUUCCAACUUAAAAGGCAAAAUAUAACUUCCAGGUCCACUAGAAACGUGAUCUUUUUUCCGAAGCAGUUGUUUAUUCUACAAACGCGUCUAUAGCAAUAAAAAGGGCGUCUUGUAAUUUGCUUUGUGAAGGGUAAAGUUGUUAAAGCCACAUGGCCGCUAAUGACAUUGUUCAAAGCCGAGGAAAUCGCUUGCUUGUUGUGAUGCAAAUUAAACGACUUGUAUAGUUGUAGCUAGUAUGUUUGUUCAAAACAACUUAAUUUAGUUAAAGUCCAAAUCUUAGAUUAACCUAUGUCAUCUAUAGGUAUCUUUUUCGGGAUAAGUAAAAAAAAAGAGUUGAUCAGUGCAUGAUAUAAAAAAUAAUUAUAGAUUGAGCAUGCUUUUGUUAUGCGAAAACAAAUCAAAUCAAUCUGUGACUUUACAGCUACUGCGCGCUAAAAUAGAAUUGAAUAUAGAUAAGAGAUGUUUCUGCAGUCUAUAUUUGAUAAAACAAAUUUCGCUGUAUUGUAUGUUUUAUUUAAUCUUUUUUAUUAAAAUUACACACCGACAUUUAACGCAUGAGUGCCGAUUUGUAAAACUUGGGAUAGUGUACUCAGCCACAUAGUCCACAUGUGUCUGGACAAACCUCUUGCAUGACGUCAUAAUACGCGUCAGUACAAUACCCGUAAUACUUAUAGAUCUGACACAAGCUUCUAUCGUCAUCUUGGCAAUCUAGGAAUUGAUAAAACGAAGCUGUUUCAUUCCUUGUACGAAAUAUGGAUGCUUUUAUCUUACUAGUAACAACCUCUUAAGUUAGGUAAAUAUUUGCAUUUAUGCCGGAAAUGGUUACUCUUUUGGGGCAUCACUUUUAAACUGUGCCAAUUUAAGUUCAUCGCAAUUCAGUAUAUGAGUAUUCUGUAUCUCAUCUAUUAUAUGUAAUUCCGUUCUAUUCUUACUAUUCGUCUAUCUUUUUAUUUAAAAUUUAGUUUAUUCUAAUUCCUCUAUCAGCAUAUAUCCUGAUGAAUAAUUUAUUCUAUUCUUUCCUGUCCUAGUCUUUUCUAUAUUUUACUCAAUUAUUUCCUGUGUUGUGUACGAAGCUUUAUUGUUUACUUACUUGAAGAAGGCCUGUAGUUUAUGUCUAAAAAGAAAAAUUAAUUAUGUUAACUCGGCGUUUACCAGGCACCAUCGUGCACAAUCAAUUCACAUUCAUGUGAAUGCGAGAUCCUGAGAAAUCCUUACUGUAUAAUGCCUUAAUUCCAUCAAUGUCAUCCGAGUCGAGUUGAAUAUCGCUAUACCCAUUAUACCCUUUAUAUAGAGCAUUCAUUAUUGCUUUCUCUUUGGACGAGUGUUCCAGACCAAGGGCAUGACCGAUUUCAUGAACAGUCACAGAGAAUAGAUUUAUACCACUUUUUGUUCGGUCCGUGAAAAUUUCGUCAUCAUCGAAAUGGAUUUGGCCGUCUUCAGGGUACUCCGCAUGUGCGAGUAUUGGACCAGUACCAUCAAACGCGUGUAAAUCUCCAUGAUAUCCUUUUACAAAUCUUCAAUUUGAAAUGGAAUAUAUACCCGUGAUAUUUCUGUAUGAUGCUUGAUGAUGAGGACGAUGAUGGUGAUAACGGUGAUGGUAGCAAUGGUGGUGAUAAUGAUCCUGAUGAUGAUGGCGGUGGUGAUGGUGAUAAUCAUGAUAACAAUGAUGAUUAUGGUAAUGGUCGUGCCGAUGAUUAUGAUGAUGACUAUAGUGGUGAUGAUGAUGACAUUGAUGAUGAUAAUUAGUGAUGGUGAUGAUGAUACUGGUGAUCAUGAUGAUGGUGAUAGUCAUGUUUAUUAUGAUGAGGACGAUGAUAGUGAUGAUAUAUGGUAUACGUAAUCAGAACAAUCCUACAAUCUUACGCAAAUUUGAUGUCGGCAGAAGAAGACUUAUACUGAAAUUUGAAGGACAGAUCCGGAACUGCUUUCGUCCAAAGUGAAAACGCUGUUUCAACAAUCUCUUCUUGUUUGUACUGAAGCAUAUCAUUGGUAUAACUCGUAAUUGUGUAUGUGAAAUCUUUCUUCCUCCAUGCUGCGUUCUUGCUGUAACGUUUUCCUCUCUUUCCCUUAAUCUUCAAGUCAGUUACCCCACAUUUCUUUGUUUUCUCAAAGAAUUUUACGAUAUCUUCGUCCUUGGUAGAAGGAUUAAAGUGGUAGAGGAUUUUCAGUUUUGUGACCACCGUCAUUAUUUCAUGAGGAUGGAACUUCUGUGUGUAACCAAGCUUUUUAAGUAGUUUCUAAGAAUAAUGGAGAAAAUGCUUGGUGUAAUAGUGGUGUAUAAUUGUAUAUAGGAACAUAUGAUUUCGUUGCGACAACAAAUAAACACAUGCAACUAAACGUAACUAUAGUCUUAAUGGGUUUUUUUAAUAUUUUAAUAAAAGUUUGGUAUUUAAAAAAAAAUAGAACAUUUUCUUGAACUGAAUUAAGCCACUCUGCCGCUACCAAUACACCAUCACUUACUUAAAGAUGGAAGCAAAAAGAUUCCCUUUCCUUUCACGUCAGCCACUGAUCUUCGUUUCGGACGGUGGUUCCUGAGACAUGUUUUUGUCUGACUAUCGUCUGUAUUCUAAAAGCUCACUCACGCUCACACUCAAAGAGUGGAGGUUCAAUCUGAGCUUCCUUUGAGCAUGAGUGUCAGUGCUGUUUUUGAAUAGCUGGAGGGUAAGUAUCGUACCUUACUAUGUGACUACUCACCAUCCAGCUAUUCAAAAACAGCAUUGACAAACAAGGGAAGCUCAGAUUGAACUUCCACUCUUUGAGUGUGAGUGAGCUUUUAGAAUACAGGCACUACAGGCGUAUAACUUCGUCUCUGUCGCAUUUGAGAAGAGUGUUUCAACUGCUACUCUAGCAAAACCGCACAAUUCCCGUUUCCGCCUCCUGUAAUAACAUUUGGUGAAUCAUGGAUGGCCUUUAUGGCACCCAUGGGGAACAUAGUUUGAAAGAAAUAACUGAAAACGCUAUCUGCUACAAAUAAAACCAAAUUAAUGUUAGUUUGGUUCAUUUCAAAUAUACCCACCUUCCAGAGGCCAAUUUUUUUGCCAUUACUGUUUACCAAGUUCUUGGUUGGCUUGCCUUUGUUCUUUCUUUCCACAAAAAUGCAGAGAAGUGCAAUAAAGCAGAAGCUAAGAGAACUUAACGCCUUCAUUGUGAGAGUAGUUUAGUUACUGGGUUUAAGAAACGGCUCACUUCGUUUGAUAUAUGCAGGGCAUGACAGCUGAGCUGACAAAGCAUCAGGUAAUCAAAUGUAAAGAUUCAAUUUGUAUUGUUGCGCAACGCGACAAAUCAAAUAUUUAUACAUAAUUUGUAAAUUUUUUUUGAUUCAUGAAGGAAGUCAGCAUAUGGCCACGGGAUAGAACACGUUUGACUUUGUAAUCCCGCGAGUUCGCGCUCCAGAUAUAUAUGGAGCUCACUGGAGCUAUUUUAUACUGUAUCAGUAUAUAUCAUCUAAGAAUGACAUCAUUUUCAUAAAAUUGACUGAAUCGUUUUGCCUAGAUUCCAAAACGAAAUGGAUCGUACUCCGUGGGCUAUGUGUCCACACUGCACUGACUCGCACUGAUCCCACACACGUAAUUACUGCCCCUGAGUGUACACGCCUGUGCGAAGUGUGUGAUGGCAAAGUUCAGUUCAGCAGCUUCACUUUGCUGGGAUUUGCAUUCAUUUAUAAAAACCAGAAUAGCGAGCGAGAACAUGACUGAUAUUACAUGUACACCUGCAUGGUUGCCCAUGCAUCGUAAUUGAUUCACACUUGUUACAAACUCAACGAAAAUUAACAUCAGUAUAUUUCAAUAUUUAUUUUCAGUAUCUAUAUACAUAAUCACACGGAGGCACUGUUGACUUUACUUGUUUCAUCUGAUGUUACGAUCUAUAUUUACAGUAAUCAGAUUAAAAUUGUAACUGGAAAAGCUGCAUGUUUUGAGCGCCAUUAAACGGACCAGUCAAGCUUUAUUAUUUACUGUAGUUUAUCUGACUAUCCAUGCAAGCAAUCUCUACAGUUUUUCCUGAACCCAAACAGACUUUUACAUUAAUUCCUUUCUUUUUGUUUUUCAUCGUUUCAUUUCCCUGUUUCUAAGAAUAGGAGCGUAGUUUCCAAGCUUGAAAAUAAUCGGCCGGACAUGCACGGACACUGUCCGAUACCAAAAGAGCAAAUAUCCGGCAAAAUGCAUUUCUAGCCAGUACAGUGAUAUACUACUAUAAUUGUAUUGAUGAGCUAUAAUAGGCGUACGGGGCUGAUGCUUUUCAAGGGGCAGUUGAAAGUUUGCCCGAAUUUUUUAUGCAUGAGGAUUGUAAUGAAAUGGCCUGAAUGUAACAUAUUUUCUGAUAAAUCUGCCCAAAAUUUUCUUUAGAUUUUUCCUGGCCGAUAUAUUUGCUCAAAUUUUCGAGGUUUUCUAAAAUUUUAUGGGGGCAGUUGCCUCCCCCCGCCCUGCCCCCUGUCUCGUACGGCUAUGAUAACAAUGUUUUAUACAUCAGGUUUUCAAAGAGCCGCUGCCAUGAAAAGCUCGCCUGAAAACAUCUGGCCACGAAGCAAUUUUCAGUCUUUUAUUGCGUUUGCUGCCGGGCCACAUGAUCAACAGAAAAUAUUUUUUUGUGUUUUUAAUAUGGCUUCUUAUAUUACUAUAGUUUACGAUAUUUUUUAUGUCCGGCACUGAGUGAAAAGUGUCAGGCACUACCCAUUUGGUGCCUGACAAAGUGUCAGGCCCCUAUGAGAAAAUAUUUUCAGACUUAAGCUUUUAUCUUUGUGAUAUUCCUUGUUGAUCAGAUCUAUGCGCGACCACUUUGGAGAAAAACAUUUGCACACUUUGCCAGCUGUAGACAACUGCGUUGACAGAAAACGAGCAAAAGAGCAACGUAUUAAACCAGGGCAGAAGAUAUAACUGAACAAACAGGUGUUCUUUAUCUAGUUUCAAGCUUCGAGUUAUAACCAUCGGAAGAUAGCAGACCAAAUAGGUUCCAACGACUAAUAAUGAUGUCAGAGAUUGCUUCUUUUUACUAUUUUGACGCGAAACAGUGCCUUGGUUGCAAUUUCCCCAUACCUUGUCCAGCUCUCGUAGCUUGAAAUAAAUUUUCACGUACGCAUAGACAGUAAAAACGUAGGGAAUGAAAGUCGACAAAGCCGUUAUGAUUUUUGAAAUGUUUUUGUACCACGUCCAGAGAUCGCUGAGUAUAAAAUUGGUUUCAAGAAUUACCAGCAAAGACAGCAGUGCCUUUCCGAAGCUCCGUUUACAUGUCACGUAUUUAUACGGGUAGAUAACAGCUGUGUAUCUUUCAACUGUGAUGCCCAGCAUUGUCACAAUUGAAAAUCCUGCAGAAAUUUUCGUUCCACGUGAUAGGAUUGCCACGACCGUACAGUAGCUUAACUUUGAAGGAUUGUAAAUGUUUGCCAGGAUUAUAAAAUUCGAGGCGACAUAUAAGGGCUGGAUUACCACAGCGCAGAACACGCCUUGUAUGGCCAACAGCAUAGUCAAGGCUUUCAAAACUUUGCCUAAGAGUUUGUUCCUGUAGAGAGCAAAAACUACGAUUGAGUUUGAGAGCAAGGCAAAGAUAGCGUUUAAAGUAUUGACGAUGAUGAGAAGAUAGACAUUCACCUGGAAUCCAUCAUCCAAAGAUACUACUUUGUCUUCAUUUCCAAAACAUUCCCAUUUCACCAAGUUUGUGCUACUAGAAUUGGGUAGAAUAUCUGACACGUUUUGGCUCAUUUUCUCCCUCCGUAUGUCAGACUUGUUACACACGGCCUUCAAUAUCCCGACAAUGACAAGAAACUGUCGUUUAAAAAACGAUGCUGGAAGUGUUAGUGAUUUGAUUCUGCAUGGGAUUCAAACUCGUAACACCUCAAAGCAGUGAAAUUAAAUGUAAUAAAAUAUGCCCGACACUGAUUUUACAACUUAAUUAGCACUUCUUCUUCAUUAGGAUUUUUAAACAAAGGAUCGAGAUGAUAUUGUAUUCGUUAGUAGACAAUUCCCGCGCGAAGCAGCUGGUAGCUGCGGUGUCCUGAAACUAGCAAAGAGGGGCGGCUAUUUAAACUUUUUUUAAAGGGGGUAUUUUUUAACUGCGCUCGGCCCCCUGAGCACCCUCCAUGCAUUACAUCCUUGGCUAGUGGAGCAUAUAUUGCUGGAACCUUCUACGCAAGAUAUUUCGCGUGGGUUUUGAAAGGCUAAAGGUUGAUUUACACCAUAGACAGUCAAAGUGCAUGUCUGUGGUCACAACAGGAAUUUUGAUGGGUAAAUUCUUCGUCUUGAAGCAUUUAUAAGAAAUGUUUGAGGGACCUGACUCAGUGUUAAAGGCGCCUGAACGCGAAGUUUGGGGGCGAGUUGUUUAGUUUUAUUUCUUGGACCUUUGCUUGCCGCAUUUCAAUGCUGUGUGGUGCUGUUUUACUUUGUGUGUUAUGGUAUCAAAGGGCGAAUAAAACAUGACCGGCUAGGUAGCCGGGUAACCCUACGUGAUGCGUUUACAUGCCUUAUAUAAAAAAAAACAUAGGCCUUCUGCUAUAUGGCUAUCCUCCCCUUCCCCCCCAUUUUAAUAGCCCGCCCCCCUGUUAGUUUCAGGACACGCUACCAGCUGCUUCGCGCGGAAAUUGUCCACUGUCGAAUGGCAAUAUCAUCUCCUUUGUUUUUAAAUCCUUAUGAAGAAGAAGGGCUAAUUGUGUUGUAAAAGCUGGAACCUUCUGCGCGAGAUAUUGCGCGUGGGUUUCGAAAGGCUGAAGGCAGUAUCAAAGUGUCUGUGAUUACAGUAGGAAUUAUUUUUUAUGGGUAAAAUCUUUUUGAUGGGUAAAAUCUUCGUUUUGAAGAAUUUGUAAAUGUUUAAGGAAACUGUUAUACAUGCAAUGGGUCAGUUUCCUCGAACAUUUCUUACAAAUCCUUCAAAACUUAUAAUUUAGUGAUGCAAAAUUCCUACUGUGAUCACAGAAACUUUGAUAGUGUAGACCAGCCUUAAGACAACAAUUUAUAGAUACUCGAUUGGCUUUUACGAUUUUUUUUUUUUGGGGGGGGGCACAUGUAAAUUUUGGGCAAAUCAUAACAAAGAUUGGUAAAAUAAAAUCAGAAUAGCCCUAUUUCUGAAGUAAGGUGAGAUUUGAAUCUUAAAAUGAUUAUUUUUUGCUCUUAAUUGCAAUUACGAACAAUUUUAUGACGUAAGAAUCGUUGUAAUCUUCGCUGAAUAAUAUAUGUACAUGUACUGCAUGCAUGUACGUCACAAAAUGCAUAAUGAGUUUGCUGAAAAUGUUAUAUAUUCUUGUUAUUAUGAAAUGAAACUACUAUAGAAUCCAGGUAUUUGAUGCUGUAGGCCCUGUAGAACAACACAAACGCACACAAUAUACUUCUAACACUACAUUUCUAUAAAACGAUUUUGUUGAUAUACAACUUAAUCUGAGACUGAUAGCUCAUUAUGCAUAUUUUGCUCGCAGGGUACACGCAUAUCAAACUAACUGAAUAAAAAUGUUCGUAAUUUCAGAUGAAAUUUAAAUGUAACGCCUAGUGGGGUAGGAACUGGACGGCAUAUAGGGCCCCCAAUUGCAAGUUUUCUUCAAUGUGCCCUUUUCCCAAAUUGAGAAGAAAUGCUCUUAAAACAAAGUGCUCCUCCAACUUAAAGUUAUUUCCUAUGCCAGUAUUCUUAUGUGCGCCAGAUCAUCAGCAAAACAGUAUACCGGUGUUAUCACUAAAUAAUGUAUGAUAUGAUUUAUAUUGUAACUAAAGAAAUUCUCGUGUAUUACAAAUGUUCAAUAUAGAUGGCCAAGUACAAUGGAAUGAACACAUUACACAUUGCUUUAUGUCGAAGUCCUACCAGCUACACGACGAGGGAACAUGUUAAAACAGCGCAGGAGUGCAAAUAUAUAUGUAUCUGAUGGUAAAAUAUAGCAAACGAAGGAGAAAAUGUUGGCUCUGUGAUAACAAGUCAUUGAGACCCUCAACAAAAUGUUCUGCUAAAUAUGACCAGUUCUACAUUAAUUAAACGUAUUGUAAAAAAAAACAACCAUGAAACAUUAAUACAUUAAGAAAGUUCGAACAUCCAAAGAUUGGAAUCUUCAUUUCAAUCUUUCAGCGUUCGAAGAUCGGAAUCUUCAACCAAUUAUUCAAAGACUGAAAUAUUCAUUCGGAGACGAAAACUAGAUUAAUCUGUUGCGUAACUUUGUGGUGAGGUGGCCCCAGCCUAUAAACUGGAGAGAAACCCCUCAUUUGCUAAAUAGUUCAACUUCGCCACAUUAAAGUGCAUGGCUAUAUACAUUUACCGUCCUAUAAAUAUCAGCAGCACUAAUUCUUUCUACAGUGAGUAUAUAGAUUUGGGUUUCUAUCCAAGCUCUAUCGCUACCAUUAUAAGUGUUUGAUGUGAUUGCGCUCAUGGGCUGUUUGUUUGCAUAAGUAGUAUAUCUAUUUCAGCCUGUUAAUUCUAAUACAAGAGGAGCGGUAUCACUGUAACGAAAUGAUGACCGUCUGUCUUUCCCACGCAUGCUACGUUACUACUAAUGCGCGAGCAAUUUUGCUGUCGGGAACGGGGGGUUUGGCAAAUCAGUGUGUCAAUCGACUGGUAUUCAGACGAAAGUUUGGAGCUGGGAAAAUCGAAUUGAACGAAACCCACCUCAUUAAUGUUUAGUUUUUUUUUUGUAGCUAAAAUAAGUACAUAAGUUAUCUAGCAAUAAAACAGAAUUGAGGUGGGUUACCUUUUCUGUUGGAUAUACUGAAAUUGAUAUUCGUUUAUAUUUAACACCUUUUACUUAUCUCGCCUCUAUAUUUAACUAUUAGUAACCUGGCUGUGUAAUUUCUCAACGAAACCUUGGCUCAAUUCAUAGAGUAUGUUGUUAUAUUCUGUUUUCUUUCACUUGGUUCCCACUAUUAGAAAAGGCGUCUUGUGAUCAGAACAACCCCAUUGUCUUGUUAUUGUCGUACACACCUAUUGUAAUAUAUCAUGCAAUUAGUAUAUGAUUUUGCCAACAUAUCGUUAAUUAGAAGGCUUGUUCUUGGCAAUUGAUGUUGUGUGAAAAUACUGCAAUUUUAACACUUGCUACAUAUCGCAUAUCAAUGCAUGCACGCAUAUCGACAGACAAUUUAUAUAUCAAUGCGCAUUAAUUUGUCUUAACCGAGCUGGCCAGGGAGACAAGUCAGCCAUGAAACUCUCUGCUUACUUGGUUUUCAUACUUAUCUUGCUUUUUUGUUCUUGUGAAUCGAAAAGAAGAAGCAGUGGAAGAAAAGGUAAAAGGCAGAAAAGUGGAAUGAAAAGUGGUAGCCUGCUUUGUAGCAAAGGAAAUAAAAUUGGACAUUGGAAG